AUGGCGUCCCCUCCUAUGAAAAGUUUCGUGUCAUUCACCAAGACCUGGCACAAUGAUACUUACCCGGCCAUCUCACCCACCCGCCCGGAGCUUUCGGCAGCUGGGAAAAACGUCGUCAUCACGGGCGGCGGCACAGGCAUCGGAAAGGCGGCCGCCAUCGCCUUCGCCCAGGCCGGUGCCAAAUCGGUUUCCAUUGUCGGGCGCAGGAUCGAUCGCCUCCAGACUGCAGGGCAGGCGAUCACAGAAGUCAACCCAUCGACUCAGGUUGUCUUGCAGACAGGCGAUAUCACCGACGUCGCGUCUAUUAAUGCGGCUUUGGGUGCAAUCGUGAAUAAGGUCGGCAGCAACAUUGACAUCUUCGUCAGCAACGCAGGCAUGCUUCCGAAAGAGGCACCGGUAAUUGGCUACCCAGAGGCAGAGUUCCGCCGAAGUUUCGAGAUCAACACCAUGGGCACUUUCCACGCCCUGCACGCGUUUACCCCGUUGGCGGCCCCUGGCGCAAAGUUCCUGCACACGGCAUCUGGCAUCAAUCACUGGGCCCCUCUCCCGGAAGUGCCAGGAGUGUGGAGCUACGCGGCCACGAAGGGAGCGGCACUGAAGAUGGUCGACUACUAUGCUUUCGAGCACCCGGACAUUCACGUCGCGAGCUUCCAUCCAGGCAUCGUUGGCACUGAGAUCAACCCGAACAUCCCCGUCGGGCCAGACACAGGUGAGACCCUUUGUUUAUUUUUCCAAGCCAUCUGGCAGACCGAUGGGUUGCGUAGCCAUGCUAACACACCUUGCAGCGGAGUUGCCUGGACACUUUGUUGUGUGGCUUGCGUCGGAUGA